UUAUAUAAAUACGGAUUACAUUAAUGCUGUUUGUAGAAAUAUGAGCGCCUUAAGUAACACAUAUAGACUCUACUUCCGCCUUCUUGUCAGAAUAAACACGCCCCUGAGUAGAAGGAGGACAAGGGUAUGCUCGUUUUUAAUACCGAUCUUUUCUCUUCCAAUCACCUCUAUGUUCGACAAACUGUUCCGAAACAAAUUAUUCCAAUGUAAGUAAACCCCUCACAAGAGAGGGUAUCACGAUUUCAUUGAAAUUCUACUGGAAUUGAUCAUAUUUAGUGCGUGUGUACUUCACAAAUGUGUCAUCAUUUGCACGCCCAGGACGUUGGUGCUUGAAAAUCAAACGCAACAUUCGGCGCUCAGUUGGAAUUUGCAUGUCUCUAGUGUGUCCACUCACUGCCAAGCUAGUAAAUUAACGAUGGAAGGUGCUGGCAGAUCUGCGUGGAUGAAAUAUGGCUCUGCAAUCUCAUUGUUUGUCGUUAUUCUGGCCAUUUGGUUUCGGACACCGGAUAAUGAGGUACUGGACGACCGACUGGACACCGUGUUGUCCUCCCUGCUUCGUGCCGAGAGCAAAGUUGGAAUUAAUCAUGUCGCUCGACCAAAGGUGGCGAUUGGUUUUGGAGGAUGCGUGGACUUGCUCGUCGACGGUGUUUCUCUUCUAAAUAAAAUUGGCCUCACCCCCGCCAAUCGGCCCCUCCAUCAUGACUACAUUGAAAAUGCUGAGCAACUUUCUCAGAGCUUCACCUAUUUCUUUAUUCCGGGCGCUGCUGCAGAGCGCUUUGUGCUGAAUGAGACACUCUUCAGCGAGCUGGUCGAAGCUUCCCGUGACCUACCUGGAAACAGAUGGUCAGUGGGAGGCAAUGCCCCUGUCAUGGCCGGCCGCAUGGCCACCGAAGGAUGUGACGUGUUGCUCGGGGGCAGCUUUAGCCCGGACUUUACCGAUGUCCUAUCACAGCACAUCACUGUUGCAGGUAACAUUGUUGAAGAGCCAGACAUUCAUCUCAUCCUGGAGUAUCCAUCUGGUGCAAAAUGGGGGCAGUAUUCCUCCCGUAGAGCCAACAGGUACAUUGUCCACAGUGAUGACCAUAACCCGUACCUGGCAUCCAUGGAAGAGUUUGCCAAGAAGCUCAAAGAUUUUCAUCCAGACCUUCUGGUCGUGGGCGGUUUACAAAUGAUGGACAACUUUCCGUUCCAGUCAGGUGAGCGUGCCGCUCUGCUCUCCCGCCUGGCCGAAGUGCUGGCCACCUCCUCUCCCACUCUUGGUGUCCAUUUUGAGAUGGCCAGUUUUGUAGAAGAGAGCAUCAUGGAAGACCUGCUUCAUUAUGUCAUCCCUCAAGCGGACUCUCUAGGAAUGAAUGAACAGGAGCUCCCCAACCUGCUGAGCCUCCUCAAAGGCUCCACCAUCACAGUCCUGUCCGACCCCAAUCCUCGCGUCGCUACCGUCCUGGACCAAAUGAGGGAGGUCUACCGCAUCGUCAACCAGCGCUACAAAGACACCGUAGCUCAAGGCGACGACGCCCAAACGUGGGGAAAGCCCCUGACCCGCCUCCACGUGCACACUUUAGCCUUUCAGGCCAUGAUCGUGACCCGGGGCUCCCAGUGGAAAAACACCAUGUCGGCCACCGCCAAGGCCUCGCUCACAGCCAACCGCCACGUGUGCGGCUCCGACGACAUCGACCCCAACAAGGCCAGGCUCAUCAUGGACGACUCAUUCUCCGUCAGCCGGCGGGAGGGCAGCCAGCGCAUCCCCCUGCAGGAGAGCCGGCCCGUCAGCUGCUGGGAGGAGGACGACUAUGAGAUCUGCGUGGCGCCCGUGCUGGUGUGCACCGAGGUCUACCAGACCGCAGGUGGGGGAGACAACAUCUCAGCCGCUGGCCUGGUGCUGCAGAUCUAAAGCGGACCGGAUGAACCCUCCCGUGACUCUCAUCGUCUAGGUGUGAUGCAGAACACAGGCACCGACUCCACUGCCUGUCGGGUUAGUAAUAACAUGUUGGGACCACUCAGAUAAGUGCUAGAAAUUAAGCAACAGAAUAAAUUGUCGAGGUUUUGGUCUUUCCUAUCAAGACCUUUAGGAAGCACUCACUGAACGUGUGCUUUACGGGUUUUAUCCACUUGAAUGAGAAAAAUGUGCUUUUAUAGAUUCUCUUUCUAUUUUUAGUUGUUUGGCUUCCAAGCUGGUGGCAAUGUGAAUUUGCAGUUAGCAAACCAGCCUAACAGUUCUGGGCUCGGGGUAUGAAUCUGGGCUCCGUUUGCAAGUCCUCCCUGUCCCUCCUUGGGCUGUUCCACAGCCUCAUCCCACAUUCCCCAAAACGUGCUUGAAAUGGACUCUAAAUUGCCUGUAGGUGUGAAUGUGUGUAUGAAUUGCUUUUUUGUCUGUGUUUCCUGCGAUUGGCUGGCGAACAGUUUCGGAUGUCCCCCGCCUCUCGCCCACCGUCAGGUUUUGGGUUGGCCUUAAGGUACUGGAUCAAUGUUUAUUUUCAAUCUGCACCGCCAUUAUGCAGCAAACCUUAUCCAGAGCUGAUUUGCUUGUUAAGUGUUAAAUUUCUUGCCAUCCACCCGCAAUGUAAAGCCUCUUGAACGUGCAGAUUAUUUCUUGCUCCCAACAGAUUAAUGCCUUUGCCAUCACAGUUGCUUUGAACACAACAGGGCAGGAGAAGGGAGUGUUCAAUUGCGGAAUAUUCUUCCCACACAGUCGUGCCUCUGUUAAGGCUCUGAUACUGCCUCAGAGGGAAGAAAGUAGUUUGAUUCUGUUCACCUACUUGUUUCAGGUCUGUUCCGUGAGUACAGAACAAGUCCAAGGGAGAAGUGGAAAAUUCUGGCUUUCACAGAAUCGGUGUUAAAUGGGGCUUAUAGUUCUGAAGAGGGAUUGGCAUUUUACUCAAUUUCAUUGAUCGACUAUGCAAAAAAAAAAAAACAUACCAGAGUUUUGAGUAGGUGUCGGCCUUAACUGAUAGUUCUUGAAAGAGCAAACUAGUUGUGUGAAUCAAUUGCAGUGCAUGGUAUUUGGGCCCAAAUGUUUUCCAGCGAGGUAUCAACAACCGAUUCCACACAACCCGCUGAAUUACGAUGCUCAUUCCUAGUCAUGAGUUAUAGUACAUUUAGUCAAGAUGAGCCGAGCUGAUUGGUCCGGUCCUAUUUGAACGGCCAUACCUGCAUCCUUUCUCCCAUAUGUUGUGAAAUGGAAAAAUAUUGGCUGAUACUUGAGCUGAGCCCAAUAUAUAUGAAAAGUAUGGCUUUUGAGCAUGCUAUUUCUUUUAAUGUCACUAGCUGUGUAAAAUAUCCCAAAAGACGUCCAGGAGACUGCAGAUGCUGGAUUUACUCUCAUUUCAUAUUUGUUCUUUCUUAUGUCUGUUAUCGUGUUUGUCUCUCGCUCUCUAAGGACCAAAGAAGCAGCGAAGGCUGCUUCCACGAACAUUCCACUGCUCAUGCACCACUACACUCUUUUCACCACUACACUUUCUACUUCACCGCUUUCCACUUCUACUACUACCUUCCAUUAAAUCCACUUUGGGUUUCACAUGUAUCCAUGUUACAUUACAACAGGUGUGAGGUCAAGAAAAUAAGCUACCUAGAUUUGUUCUUCAUGUCAUUAUGAGUUGAUACUGUGAUGGGAACAUAUGCUGGAAAUAAAUCAAGUACGUAAAUGAGCCUUUUUUUAAAAUUUAUUUUGGGGAUGAAAGGUGCUUCAAUAUGUAUACACAGAGUGAUGGGAAGGCAAGGCUAAUGGAUCAUGUUGUUACUGUGAUUUUUUUCCUCCCCCUCUGAGCAGAAUACCAGCAUGAAUCCAUGCUGCAUGUUCACUCCAUGGCAAAUCUGUGAUUAAAUGCUGACACAGCAGUCAGUCGUUGAGAA